AUGACAGCCCAUCUAAACACGCUAAAUACAACCCUUCAGGGGAAAGGAGCCACAGCCCUGCACAUGCUGGAGGAGGUUUUGGCAUUCGAGCGCAAGUUGACAGUGUUUGUCAAAGAUUUCCAGAGAGGUACACUGUCUCACUUUCCCUCUUUGAGAGAGUUCAAACAAAGUCAUGAUACGAUAAAUUUGGAAUAUUUCAAGUCUGCAAUCACCGCAAUGCAAAGCUCGUUUGGGAAACGAUUCUGUGGGUUCAGAGAGGAAAAAAACACAUUAUCCUUCCCUGUCACUCCCCUGGCGAUCGAUCCAUCCCUAUUGAAUAUGACUGCAUUUCCAGGUGUAAGUCAACCUGAUCUUGAGCUGGAACUGGCCGAUAUAGCCGACAAAGAUAUAUGGGUGUCCAAGUUCAAAUGCUUGACCACUACUCUUGAGGAUGUUGCCCGUCAGAAGGCCAUUCUGGCUCAGAAUCAUAAAUGGAGUGAUAUUGAAAACCUUCCCAAACAGGACAAACUUGUAUUCGAAACAUGGAAUGCCAUCCCCAACACUUAUAUAAACAUGAAAAAGUAUGCAUUUGGAGUCCUGUCGAUCUUCGGUUCCACAUAUGUAUGUGAGCAGGUCUUCUCCAACAUGAACUAUAUUAAAAACAAACAUCGAUCAUGCCUCACAGAUGACAGCUUGCAAGCCUGUGUGAAAAUGAAGGUGACGUCUUACAGCCCUGAUUUGCAGACACUGAGCACUGAGGUUCAGGAGCAAAAGUCCCAUUAA